UAGCAAUAAAAUUGGUGCUAGUAUUUCAAACCAUGCUGCAAUGCAAACUAUGGAUUCGUUUCAUUUCGUAGAUUUCUCACAGUUUCUGAAUUCUGAGAAACUUUCUCACCCUCACCCAUGGCUGAUGAUUCUGAAUUCGCCGGUAAAGUUCCUCCGAAUGCUGGUUCUCAAGGGUUCAACCCAGGCUUAAUAGUUCUACUUGUUGUUGGAGGGUUGCUAUUGACCUUCCUGAUUGGAAACUUUGUGCUCUACACUUACGCACAGAAGGUCAUUCCUCCUAGGAAAAAGAAGCCUGUCUCAAAGAAGAAGAUGAAAAAGGAGAGACUGAGGCAAGGAGUCUCUGCACCUGGAGAGUAGAGGCAAUGGACUCUAAUGUUCUAUAAAAAUGUGGAUUACCUUGUACUUUUAAAAGAAUGCUCGUUCUGUAGUGUUUUGAGUUAAAUUUCAUGUUUCGAUCUUGUAUGUUACUGGAGAAAGUUUAAUAUUAGUCAGUGCUUUAGCAGUGCAUUUUGUGGUUUAAA